UCAACAGGAAGUACUACUUGUGUGUGUCCCACCGCAGAUCCAGAGCGGAAAAGGCUGUGAACUUAACGACGGUACUCCGUAUGGCGUCCUACCACCGUAACCGAUAAUAUAACCCGUUCUCCCACUAUGUGCAGGCUCUUCGAUCACAGUGACACACACGAGCAAACAGUACUGUGCAUGCAUUCAUGGAUAUAGUUGGUGGUCCAUUCAACCAUCUGGUUCCCAGUGACCAGUUGGACGAUUCCUUGCUGCUCGGACAAAAUCUGGAAUGUGAAGCAAGUGAUGAGUUUGAUCCGGGUCGCAAUCAACCAGAAGAUUCACUGAAGAACAUGCUCAGUGAUAAAGAUCCCAUGUUUGGAUCUGCCAGCGACCAGUUUCAUCUUUUAGAAAAUGAAGAUGUCAAUUUCAAGCUUGGAGACUCAGCAGAUGCCGACCAUGACAUAACAACAGGUGUUAGUCAGAGUCCAUCUGAUGAAGAAAACGGUCAGCCCAGUUUCUCACAGGGAAGAAGACAUGCAAGUCAUCCACAGAGGAGACAAACAGCAAGCCGGGGUAGAGUCAAAGGUGCACCAGGCAGGCGUCCAGGAUCUGCACGAAGAACAGCAGGCAGGAAUGACCAAGAGGCAACAUCUAGUGGAAACUCAUAUGAAGAAACAAGUUUUAAAAAAAGGGAAGCCCUACUUAGUCGUCGAUUUGGAAUCCAUGAGGUUGAUUCAUCGAUGAACCCAGUAGUUGUGUUACGCCGAUUAACUGUCACCGUGGGAGGCUAUAAAAUUGAACUUCUCCCUGGACCAUCUCAUUCAUUUGGAUCAUUUAGCACAAGUGCCCUUCAGUCCCUUGGCUUCCAGGAUAACUCUAUGACUGCUGAUGGUAUCGGACUAGAUUUGGGACAAAACCAGGACAGUAACACACAAGAGAUUGAUAAUUCCACACAAGAAGUUGUGGAGGAAGUAAUUGUUGGCCAACCCGGUAGCGAUGACAUGCCAAUUGAUUUUGGACCGUAUGUGAACCCAAAUGAUGUGCAAGAUGCCAAGAGCACAAUGGCGUUCAAGCCCAGCAUGGAAAACGCCGCACCAGCAGACACCAAAUCGAAUGACCAAAUCAAGACACGAAAGCCUAGCAUGCACAAAUCUCAGAAUAAAAACGGCACAGCGGUUGAGCCUGUGGUCAAAAAGCUUUUGAAACACAAACAGACUCUUUCUGCAGUAAAAAACAAGCAUUCUCAACUUGGCAGGCCAGGUCUCUUACAGAAGGUAUCCAAACAUAACAGAGACAAGAAAAUCCAUGUGAACCGACCAGAGAAAUUUCAAAGCCACAAAGGGAAACCUGCUAACGUGAGCUUGAAACGCCCAGGAGGGCCUCUAUCUCCUGAAUCACCCUCAAAAAUACAGAAGAGUCAAGAUGGACAUCUUGUACACCAAAACGUUAGCUCGUCUGUCCCCGCGUCCGCAAAUGUUGGUAGAAAGCCAUCCUCUGAUUCUGGCCCUGGUGUCAAGUCAGUCCUAAAUAAAUCUCCUCACCAUUCGAAAAAGCCACAGAAUCCUCCCACCCCAGUAAACAAAACAAACCCACCGGUGACAAACAGCCAAGGAGAUGAGGAGCAGGAGAAGAUGAAGAUCAAGAAGCCAGAAAAGAUCCAGCUGAGGCACAAGAGUAGAAAUUCUCGGAGUAUCUCAAUAGAGGAACCACAGCUGUUUAUCCCAGAUAAUGCCCCUGUUGUGAAGAAGGAAGCCGAGGGUGACCCUCCUCCUCCUGAAAGUGAGACUAUGUGGGAUCCCAACAAGCACUGCGGAUUAUGCAAGAAACCACACAACAACAGGUUCAUGGUGGGCUGUGGGCACUGUGAUGACUGGUUUCAUGGGGACUGUGUGGGCCUGGAUCUGGCUAAAGUUCAACAGAUGGAAAAGGAGGACCAAGAGUACGUGUGUUUGAAGUGCUGUGCUGAAGAGGAUGGGAAACCUGGUGGGCAGGCCACAGAGCAGUCGGAUGAUAAGUUAUCAUGUAAACAAAAACAGAGAUCCCAGCAGUCACUCACUGCAGGUGGAAUACGGCCCUUCAGAAAAGACAUAGGAGAAAGACGACCAUCAGAAGAUUCUGCGCCAAGAAGUGGACCAAAUGUGAAGCAUGAAACUAAGAAAUUGAAAGUUUUUCAUGUGAGCUCAAAAAAGCCGUCUACCGGACAAAUCAGGCGGAAUGUUAGAGAUUCGCUGGAAGAUAUUCUUCUGAAACGACUGAAGGAAUCCGAUUUGAAGAUUUCAUUGGACAAGCCUGCUGAGUUGGCCAGAAAGAUGGAGAAAGAGCUAUUUGCUCUCUUUCAGGGUGUUGACAGCAAAUACAAAAACAAAUACAGAAGUUUGACUUUCAACCUGAGAGAUGCAAAAAAUAAUGUGUUAUACAAGCGUGUGCUCAAGGGGGAAGUUUCCCCUGCUGAUUUGGUUCGUAUGACUGCAGAAGAGCUGGCCUCAAAGGAACUGGCUGCUUGGAGACAAAGAGAGAAUCGACAUACAAUUGAAAUGAUCGAGAAAGGAGAGAGAGAGGCAGAGAGACGCCCCAUCACUAAAAUCACCCACAAAGGAGAAAUUGAAAUUGAGAAUCAGGAGCCUACCAAAGCUCCAGAGGCCAUUGAAGUUGAGCCAGAGCCUGUGCCGAAAGCAGUGAUAGUGCCUGAGGAGAAACUCCCUGAGACUAAAGCAGAUAGUCCCAAGAAAUCUGUAGAUACCACCAGCCUGCACAAGUCUCAUCUUUUUGACCUCAACUGCAAAAUCUGCACCGGUCGUAUGGCCCCACCUUCAGAGGAAGCCUCUACAAAGGUAAUGAAAGUGGCUACAACAGUCGUGAGGAGGCAGUCAAGUGCUGCUGAGGAACAUCCGUCCUCUACAACUACACCAGCACUGAUGGAUGAUCUGUCUUUAAGAGCCAUGGAGGAAGGUCUCCUCAAUUUUUUGCCUGAAUCCAGGUCAGAUAGUCUGAGUAGCAAGGAAGAUACAGCUACUUUCCUCAGCAACUUGGAGAAACUGUGGGGUGGCUUUGUUGAUAUGCUUGCUGUGGCUAGGUUUUUAACAAAAGCUUAUCCUGUCUCUGGAAUUCUGGACCACCUAACACAGGAUUUGCCGGACAACAUCCAAGUAGGUGGACGGAUUUCCCCUCAAAUAGUCUGGGACUAUGUCGAGAAAAUUCGUGCCUCUGGGACAAAGGAAAUUUGUAUAAUUCGUUUCACCCCUGACACAGAAGAAGACGAGAUCUCAUACACUUUGCUCUACGCCUAUUUUAGCAGCCGUAGAAGAUACGGCGUUGUUGCCAACAACCGUAAACAGGUUAAAGACAUGUAUCUCAUUCCACUUGGCUCCACGGAAAAAAUACCCCACCAGAUUGUUCCGUUUGAUGGCCCAGAAGCUGUCUACUGCUUUGCUGUCGACUACACGAGUCAGUGGGUGGAAUCUUCACGGCAACGAAAAGACUCUCCAGUCUCCACUCCCCUGCAGUGUUCCUGUGAACAUCUCUCCGCCUCGCUGCUUGGCUGGUGAACGGGCCGCUUCAGCAUCCUGAUUCCCCGCAGCGCUUCGGCAGGUGUUGUGUAUCCUAUAGUAUAUUUUUAUAUAUCAAACACAGAGAAAGUGCUUAUAUUGAAUAGUUUGAACAUUAUUUUAAUCCAGGAAAAUAAGGAUGAGACUAAGGUCUUCGUGACCUUGCUGAGAGAAAUCUGGGCAUUCAGCCAUGACAGAAAAGUACUAGGGAGAGAGUACUCUUCAAAGCACUGAAUGACACAGCCAAUAGUCAAAGUUGCUGUAUACUUUAAUAAUAAAUGAAUUUAAAAGGUUAUUUUUAAAAAUAGAAUAACUGCCAGAAUUCCACCAUUAAAAAGAAGUCAGUCUGUGAAAUAAUGGUGGCAAACAAGGAGAGUGGAGAAGCAUGCUUAUUGGUUAAGAUAACAGGAGGGGUGUGCUUAUGAGGUAAUGUGUGAUAACAGAAGUGUAUAAACAAUUAAGCUUUGAAUGAGAGGAUCAGACAAUACAGCUGGUGUCUCGGCUUUGUUGUUUUGCUCAAUAAAGUCUAACCUUUGACAUCUGGAACCCCUGACUUCGAGAAUUUUCUUGCUGAGAGAGAAAAAGAGUCUUCAAUAUUCCACAACAAUACUUACAAAGCUAUUGUAUAUUGUGUGUGUGUGUGUAUGUAUGUAUAUGCAUGUAUAUAUAUAUGUCUAAAAGAGUUACUUACGUGUUCACGUCUUUUUAAAGAUGUUGUUCCUUGUGAGAGAGACACAUCCCACCGUCAGACCAGCAUGAGAGCUGCAUUCUCUGGGCCACGCCCAGUCAUGUCUCUCGCUGCAUCAGGCAAGUGCUCACUGGAUGAUGCUACCGCCCCUCCCCCGGCGAGGAGCGUGUACGCACCACUGACAAGGAGAUGCUUUGCGUCCUUUCAAGGGUGAUUGAAGAGCUCGAUAUCGAGUGGUCUCCUCCAGAGGAACCUACACAAUCUCGCCUUGAUGAAUGGUUCCUGCAGUCUGGACGCCGUCAAGCGACCGCGUCAUAGAUUUGCCCCGUUCUUCCCUGAAGUUCAUAAUGAACUGUCAAAAUCCUGGUGUGCGCCCUAUUCAGCUCACCUGCGCAGCGAUUACAUACUCUCCAAUGUGGAAGAAAAUGGUUAUGCCCAACUACCCCCCCUGAAGAGAUGGUAGUGGCACACUUCUGCCUGGCGAGUAGCAGGGCGUGGAACACACGCUCUGUUCAUCUUUCUAAGUCGUGUUGACUAACGUCCGCACUGGCUGGAAGAGCAUACUCAGCAGCGGGCCAAACUGGUUCAGCGUUCCACGCGAUGUCGGUGCUCCAAGUUUUCCAAGCUACGCUCCUCAAACAAAUGGAUGAGCAAGGCUACGAUCCAGAGACUUUCAAAGAGCUCCGCACCGCUAGGGACUUAACGCUGCGAGCCACGAAAUUCACUGCACAAGCCACUGGCAAGUCAAUGAGCAAUCUGGUGUUUUUGGAUAAUCACAUCAGACUGACUCUCACGAAAAUGCGUGACAUGGGAAAAGCCACUCUAUUUUAUGCUACGGUGUGUCCAGCCUGCCUUUUUGGAGGCUCUGUGAAUAGAAUUGCUGAGCGCUAUGUCACGACUCAGCAACAAUCACAGGCUGUGAGACAUUUUAUGCCAAAACGGAGCAGUACUUCAUCACAGCUGGCUUGCUUUCGCUCUGUCUCGGUCCAGUGCCCGGCUAAAAACCCCACACCAGCUGCCUCAGUGCUGCUGAGCCGCUGGUAAAGCCAUGCAAGCCGUGGCCCAAACGAAGGCAGCCGCCUCAGAGCAAGCCCCGCACAGCAAAGCGUUCCUGACACACAAUACUGUUUCCCUCUUCCCCACUGCUGUUUGUCAGGAAAGGAAUGUUGUUCAAAAUGUUGUUCAAUAUGUCGUUUUCUGUGUCUCACAUUAAUCACAUACAAUAAAGUUUGCACAUUAUGCACAACUGCUUCCCAAUGGUGAGCGGUGCAUUAUAUAAGUAUGAACAUACAAAGAUUGCAAAAAGAGCACAGCACUCGCACGAGAUGCUCACACUUUUUCAAUAAAAGCUUUCCAACUCCACAGCCCACAUAUUAUGCACAACCGCUUCCCAAUGUGAGCGGUGCAUUAUAUUAUGUAUGAACAUACAAAGAUUUUAAAAAGAGCACAACGCUCACACAAGAUGCUCACACUAUUUCAAUAAAGGGCUUUCCCACUUCAAAGCCCACAUAUUUUGCACAACCGCUUCCAAAGAUUGCAAAAAGAUUACAGCGCUCGUUGCACAUGCAUGAGAUGCUCACACUUUUUCAUUAAAGGGCUUUCUCACUUCAAAGCCUCACAUUAUGCACAACUGCUUCCCAAUGGUGAGCGGCGCAUUAUAUCAUGUUAUGAACAUACCAAAUUGCCCUCUGUCCCUUUACGCAGACGUGUGGCGAGAUCUUACUGGCAUUCCAACUGGGUGCUAAAAAAUUAUUCGUGACAAUAGAUCUGAAGGACGUGUACUUCAUGUACCAGUUGCACCGCGUUACAGGUGACUUUAUAGAUUCGCGUUCGAGGGAACUGCAUAUAAAUUUAAAGUCCUUCAUUUCAGUCUGUCUCUGGCUCCCCGCACGUUCACAAAAUGUAUCAAUGCGGCGCUCACCCCAUUGAAAAUGAACGGUGUGUGUGUUUUGAAUUACCUCAGUGAUUGGUUAUUACUAGCCAAUCAGAAGCACUACUGAGCGAACACAGAGACUUGCUGCUUUACCAUAUUGAAAAUCUGGUCUAAUGUCAACUGGCGAAAAACCCACUUUUUCUCAGCCAGUAAAUCUCCUUUUUAGGAGUUCAUGCGUGCAGACCUCAUGAACGAGCGUGUACAGACCAUUCUUCUGUGUCUGUUUCAGUUCAAACUGAAAAAACAUUGCCACUGAAUUCAUUUCAUUUUCCUGUGCAUCGCGGUAACUCGCCACUGUCUGACUGCUCUAGCACCAUAGACAGUGCCAGCCUUCUACCAACAAGGUGUUAUGCUGGGUCAAGUUUUCAGAAAGAAAGUGCUGACCGCAAAUGCAUCCAACACAGGUUGGGGCGUGGUGUGUAAUGGAUGCCCUACUUUCGACACCUCAAAAACAAGUGCGAAACGGCCAUGAAACAGCUUCUCAUUCCGAUAUUGUGAAUCACCACAUUCUGAUUCAUUCGAACAACACAAGAGUAGUGGCGAUUAUAUGUUGCCAUGACACGCUGGCCCACGUAUGGCCGGCGAAACGCAAGUAUGCGCUUACCCCAGUGCACCUCCUUCAUUCUGUCAUCAGCAAAGUCCAAGUGGACAUGGAAACAGUUCUAUUAAUUGCGCUGAAAUGGCCCAAUCAGCCAUGGUUUCCGGAUAUGAUAAAGAUGUUCCGGCACCUUCAAUAAAAAAAAAAAUAAAAAAAUGCUUUGUGGCAGCGGGGGUGUGGUCGAGCAUCCGUCGAGGGAGAGAGAGAGCGGUAAGGGUGCAUACACCUGAGACAUAUGAUGACUAACACCUGUCUCUAAUUGUAGUGAGAUUGGGGAGAGCGGCAUAAAAGGACCAUGCCAGCGCCAGAUUGAGAGAGAGAGACUGGGUCGAGAAAUUUACUGUGAAUCUGAGGAGUUAUUGUGAAGCUGAUGAGUUAUUGAGAAGCUGUAAACCAGAGAAGUGGUCCAUUAAAAGUUCCCUACCUGUGUUUGAAGAAUCCAGUUCCCGGUGUCCUUCCUUGUUACACUGGUGCCGAAACCCAGGAUCUGAUUUGAAGACUGUACGCCCCAUGGAGUCCUUCCCGCUGACCGACAUCAUCAAGUCCCUCGCCGACCUACACCACACCCACCAACAGGCUCUGAUUGAACUCUGCCAAGAUCAGGAACGUCGCUUCCAUGAGGUCCUUAGAGUUCAGGCAGAGGACCGGCAGGUCAUUCGGAGCCUACUCUCCCAGAAGAAAGCCCCGGCAGUGACCCCGGACAACAGCAGCCCCUGCCCCCGCCCACGCUGUUGAAGAUGGGGGUGGAAGAUGACUCUGAAGCCUUUCUUGACAUAUUUGAGCAAACCGCUGAAAUCUGGGGCCGGCCGCAUGCUCAGUGGGCGGCCCGGCUUAUCUCUCUGCUGUCCAGGGAAGCCCAGCUUGCAGCACAACAACUGCCAGCAGCUAAUCUCCUGGUCUACGGCAAUCUGAGGAAGACCAUCCUGCAGCGGGUCGGCCGGAGCCCAGAGUAAUACCGUCAAGUGUUCCGCUCGAUGAAGUUGGAAGGGGCCGGUCACCCGUUUGCCUUUUCUCAGCGGCUCCGUGAUGCCUGCCGGAAAUGGCUGCGGGCAGGAGGACUGCGACGUUGAGGGAGUGGUCGACCAAAUGGUGCUGGAACAGCUGAUCUGUUGGCUUCCAGAAGGGAUGGCGGAGUAUGUCCAGUGCCAUGGCCCGGUGUCGCUGGAGGAAGCGGUCCAGCUGGCGGAGGGCCAUGUGGUGGCAUGCCUAAGAGCGGAGGAGCCCUCCCUCUCUCUCUCUCCCCUCCCCCUGUGUUUUCUCCCAUCUCUUCCCACUCUCCUCUCACUCUGUCCUCUCCCCAGGCCCUGUUCCUACACCCCGGAGGCGUGGAGACCCACCGCUGAAGCCGGCCUCACGCUUGCGGCAGUUUAUCCCUUUCCCGGCGACUUCAGGGUCUACCUGUUCUCCUCCUCAGGUGGAUGUACCCACCCCCACAAGUGCGAGUGUAGCACCUGGGCUGGCCUGCUGGCAUUGCGGUGAUCCGGAGCACUUCGUGAUCAGUGUCCUGUGAUGGAGCUGGGAACUGUAGUCCGGAUCCCCAACACACCGCAGGCUGCCCCUGAUCAGGCUGAAGGGUACAGGAUACCGGUAAGAAUACAGAGUACUGGCAGUUUUUCUUGCAUACCACCACUUCCCAGAGUCUCCCGGUAUGAUGUAAUGUCUUUAUUUAAUGUAAGUCAGUGAUUCGAUGAGGCCAGCCAAUCACUAUUAUCUGACCUUCCAAAUGAUUUUGAUAAAAUCGUAGCGGUAAACAUCCGAGCCCUCUCUGCGCAAAACUCAGCGGUGAGUUUAACAACACUCAACACUGUUUAACAACAGCAUCGGCGGUCAUCAAGCGAUCUGUGGUCCAGUUCUGGAGGAGCGCACGUGUUUAAGCUUGUCUGGCCAUAGUUCAUUUACACUCUUCUCUUACCAGAUGGGUUCAAAAGUCUCCAAAUAUCUGUAAGACCAUGAUUUUUACACAUCUAGGGGGUUUGCACACUUUUUCUUCACUUUGAUCAAGGACUAAAUCCAUCAAAAGAUUAAAAUCUCCUCCCAAUAUUAUAUCAUUUGGGGUGCCAGCGGCUUGCAACAUCCCUUCAAGAUCUAUAAAAAAGCCCUGAUCAACAACGUUAGGAGCAUAAAUAUUCGCCAAAAUAAGACUUUGUCCUUGAAUUUCAGCUACAACAAUAAUGACUCUUCCUAAUUUAUCUUUACUCUGUUUGAGACAUUUGAAUUGUUGAUGUUUACUUAUCAGUGUAAUGACUCCCCUGCUCUUACUCGAGCCAGCACUAUAAAAAAAAUUCCUACCUCAUUUCUGUCCAAAUUUUUCAGCUUCCUGUGGGGAAAGGUGCGUUUCUUGAAGAAACACUAUAUCAUAUUUUUUAUGCCUAAGAAGAGAAAUAACCUUCCUUCUUUUUAUGGGGUGCCCCAUACCAUUCACAUUCCACAUGGAGAGAGACAACCCACUCAUAUUAACAUUUGACAUUUUGACAAAGAAAAAAUAGAUUUUGUGUCAAAAACAGGAUUAUAAAUACCACAUUCCAACAUUAUGCAACAGUCAAACCCCAAACAUUCCCCAGAACCAAACAAACAGAAAAAAGAUGCAUUAACCCCGUGCACGACAGCGCCAUCUGGCGUCCAUCCCUCCAAACUCAAACAGUCCAUGCACACCUACGAGAACCUCCUCGACAACUUUGCCAUUGGAUUGCUAAAGUUCGGGGAUUCUAUACAAAUUUUGUGAGACAGAAUUACGCAGCAAAAGAUAAUCUAUAAAACAAACUCCAGCCAAUAGGCAGAAUAAACACAAAGAGUGUGUAGCUUCAUCGAUAAAACUGUCCUAAAGGUGUAUUAUUCCACAAAAUAAACUCCAGCCGCUAGGCGGAACCAGCACAAAAAUAGCUCGCAGAUUCUUCAGAUAGUCAAACGAAUGUUCAGUGAGCCGGUACACUCGGCUGCAACAUAAGUGUAAGCAAAUAACUUACUCCAAUGACUUUGCCAGAAAUACUCCACAAAAUAAACUCCAGCCGAUAGGCAGAAUAAACACAAAGAGCAUGUAGAUUCAUCCACAAAACCGUCCCAAAGGUGUGUUGCUCUACAAAAUAAACUCUAGCCGCUAGGUGGAGCCAGCACAAAAAGAGCACGCAGAAUCUUCAAGCAGUCAAGCGAAUGUUCAGUGAGCCGGUCCACCUGGCCACAACAUGAGCACCACAACACGACCCACUCACUCCACUGACUUUAUGAAGGUCAUCGCUUGCUGUGGGUAUGUACAUUUUGUCCGGCCAUCCUUAGCAUCUAUUCUCAAUUUGGCCAGGAAAAUCAGUGCAAAAGCAACCUUCCGAUGAUGUAAAAGUUUCUUGCAUUCCUUGAAUCGAUCACGUUUCUCUCUUGUCGAGUUCGCAAAUUCUGGGAAAAAGAAAAUGCUGUGGUUCUUCCAAGAAGGCCUUCCUUUACUCCUCGCCUCACGUAACACAAGAUCUUUAUCGGAUGAUCUCAGAAAUUUGGCCAGAAUUGAUCGGGGCCUGUCUCCUUCAGCGGAUCGCUGAGCCGGAACCCUGUGAGCUCGCUCGAUUUCCAGCUUUUGGCCUGCUAUUUCGAACAGACUCGGAAAGAGCCCGUCCAGGAAUUCCACCAUAUUCUGUCCCUCCACUCCUUCCAUGUCCUCCAACUUCUCCCAGACAUGCUCCAAAUCCACCUUGGUCGCUAGUGGAUUAGCAGAUAAUUCCCUCUCCGAUGACUCCAGAUAAUCGAUCCGUUUCUUGACAUCCCCCAUUCUUGUGACCACAUCAGUAAAUUUAGCCUCCAUGGCAGUGAUCGAUUGACGUAUCACAGCAAGAUCCUCCAAGUCAGCAACGACCUUCAUCAGCAAUGCCGACAUGUUCAACAUCUCUCGCCGCAUUUCCCACAACUCUCCGACCAAAUCGACUCCCUGGCCUUCUCAGGGAUGUCAGCCUGAGCACGUAAGUGUCUUUUAAUGUCUCCAGAGCCUGAGGAUUUUUAAUUCUUUGACAUAUUGUCCUCCUAGAACAGUUAUGAAACAAAGUGUAUCGUUUCUCACUGGUUUAUGUCAUUAAAAGUAAUUAAAACUAGCAAAGUGCACAGAGCUUGCCAUUCACAUAUCCGAUCCUCACAUGGUGUCACCUCUGUCGAAAUAGUAAUUAUUUUAAUGUUUACGGAUUGGCCCCAUUCACUUCCAUUGCCUCACUGGAACCCAGAUUUUUGCCUUUUUUUUUUUUUAAAGGAAGGGCAAGUCAAAAUAAAUUUGUGUGGUAAUAUUAUGCCACAAAUGCUGUCGAUAGAGCUUAACUUAUAUUGAACCCAGAAUAUUCCUUUAACCCUUGUGCGCUGUUCAUUUGUGAGUGACACUUGUGGUGUUCGCGGGUCAAAAAUUACCCGGACAUACAUGUUUAUAAUUUAAAUACAUUUUGCAGAGGUGGGUUUACCCGUCUCUUCUUCCUAUUGAUAAGUUGAAUACAUUCACUAACAAUUGUUUUAAUCAAAAAACAAUUGAAGCGUUUUUAAUCAUGUGCUUUUAUUCAGGUUAUGUUUUAAUUUGGUACAGGUCAUUCAUGUAUUUCUCUUCUGAGGUGUGACUGAGGGUCUGAUUUAUAUAAGGAAUGCAGGAAACAGUGCUUACUCAUUUAGCCCGGCUCCCAGAGAACUGAUAUACAUGUGAGUUGUAAUUCAUUCAAUUAAUCAUUGAUCAAAAUUAAGCAAGAGUUUUAUUGUAUUUAAGUUUUUGGUAAAGAAUAAACCUUCUGUACCCUUUCACCUAGAAAUAUUCAGGCCCUAAAAGUGUGUACGUGAGAGCUGUGUGAGUUAUUUCAAUGUUUGUUCUAGAAGAGAAGAAUAACAUUCAGUCUGGGUCUCGAUGACAUUCAGCAUUAAGAAGAUACAGUCUCUUCUUUCUCUUAAGAUGCAGUAUUUUCUUAUUAUUUCUUUGUAUUUCUCAAUCUCUCCUAUAGUCUAUUCUCUCCUAUAGUCUUUAUCUAAAUUGUUUACAGGAAUUGUUGGAGUGAUGGGAACCAGGUGAUUUGGUGAGAUGGUCAGUCACCCUCUGGCCCCAGGUCUAAAAGAAGAAAAGUCUUGUCGGAUUUACGAUUACCUUUAACUCAUAUUUACAGACCAACUGAGACUUCGUGGUUCCAGCUAAUCAGUGUUAUGUUUCUAAAUAACAUCUUCUGCAUAGAUUAACAGUUCACCAUAUUUGGAUGGUUCCCAUAAAUAUCUGUAUGGUUAACCUAUCAGACUCGUAAGACUGCACUCGUAAGAGAUGAUGUCAAUUCAUUUGCAUAUGCCUAUAUUUAUGGUUGUUUCUGUAAUCUAAGUUAGUUCGAGGUUUGAUCGUCAACUCAUCUGUUUCUGUCUUUGCCUUUGGAAAUGUAGAGAACUUUGUCA